AUGUGCUAACAUAUUAUAAAAAUAUUUUAUAUCAAUUAGAUCGCCAUGCAAUAGAAAAAGAAAAUGAUUCGAUCUCUAUUAUUGAACUGAUUGUUCUUAUCCAAAUCGUAUUUUCAUCGUGAAAAUUUUCAACUUAUUUCUUCCGAACACUCGUUCCUUUGAACUGUUUAACAUUUCUUAAGUGCUUGUGUUAUCAAAAUAGUAUAUAUGUAUAAAAUUGUGCAAAGGCUGCGAUUCUCGAAUCGUGCACCACUUCUAACACACUCACACUUUGAACAAUCGCAAUUUGUUUCAGAUUUUUCAAGCCAUGCUACCUUUGACACAGAUCCAACAAUUUCAUCUUAUGCUACCACUGAUAGAGUUCGCAGGGUUGAAUCUCUUGACUUUAGGGAAAUUACAAACAGACGAGAGCUUACGAACGCAUUUGAUAAAUACAAUAUAAACAUUUUAUCUGGAUGGUUGAACUGGACUUCGAGGGCAAAUGAUAAUCAUCAUGGUGCUAACUAUGUGGUAAACCGUCAUUUUAAAACUGAUCGCAAGGAUAGAUGCACAAAGGAGUUCUCACGUAAGUUUCUUGAAAAUGUUCCAGAUUUUGUAAAGAUAGUGGAGGUUGGUCCAAGGGAUGGAUUGCAAAAUGAGAAGGUUAUUGUUCCAACUGAUGUGAAAAUUGAAUUGAUAAAACUGCUAGUUUCUUCUGGGUUGUCUGUUGUUGAGGCGACAAGUUUUGUCUCACCAAAAUGGGUGCCACAGUUAGCUGAUGCAAAGGAUGUAUUGGCAGCAAUUCGAAACGUUGAAGGUGCUAGCUUUCCUGUUUUAACUCCAAACCUCAAAGGUUUUGAGGCAGCUGUUGCUGCUGGAGCUAAGGAAGUGGCUAUUUUUCCUGCAGCUUCUGAAUCAUUCUCUAAAGCAAAUCUCAAUUGUGGAAUUGAGGAUAACCUCACUCGUUGCCGUGAUAUUGCUUCAGCUUCUAGAAGCCUUGCAAUCCCAGUUCGUGGAUACGUAUCAUGUGUUGUGGGAUGUCCUCUGGAAGGAAAAAUUGCUCCAGCAAAAGUAGCAUAUGUUGCAAAAUCACUUUAUGAGAUGGGUUGCUCGGAGAUUUCAUUAGGGGAUACAAUUGGUGUUGGUACACCUGCUACUGUCAUUUCUAUGCUUGAAGCCGUUCUUGAUGUUGUUCCGAUUGACAAACUUGCUGUCCACUUUCAUGAUACUUAUGGUCAGGCACUUUCAAAUACUCUAAUUUCACUACAGAUGGGGAUCAGCACAGUGGAUUCAUCUGUCUCUGGUCUUGGAGGUUGUCCAUAUGCUAAGGGUGCAACUGGGAAUGUUGCCACUGAGGAUGUUGUUUAUAUGCUGAAUGGACUUGGAGUUCAAACCAAUGUGGACCUUGGAAAACUUAUGCUUGCUGGGGAUUUCAUCUGCAACCAUUUAGGACGUGCAUCUGGUUCGAAAGCUGCAACUGCCUUGAAUAAAGUUACAAAUAAUGCCUCCAAAGUGUGAGUUAUUAAAGCCAGAUCAUGUAUCUGCAUGACAGGCAAAAUGUUUACCCGUUGCAUUGUUACUUUUGUCCAUAAGAUGCUAUGACUCCUUAGAGUAAACAACACACUGAGAAAGAUAGAGUCAGAAAACACAAGUGUAAUGCUGUUCAGUUCUGCUUGUUUUCUGAGUUUGUUGAGUUGCUUUGAUUAUGUGUUGAACAUGGAAUCAUAGAGUGAAACUAUGAAAAUGCAUAGUACGUUCAAGUUUAACAGCAUUGUCAUCUCUGGCACACAUUUUUAUAAUGAAAGUAGUUCAAGAAACUGAAGCUUUACUUC